AUGGGAUUCAAAGAAUCAUUAUUGAAAUUUAUUCUUGAAUCAAAAAUUCAGUUGUGUGUCCUAAAAGAUAAUUUCCAAAAGCCAAAGUACAAACAAGCUGAUGAACACCGAAAGUUAGAAUUUAUCAAAGAGCGAUUGAACAAAAUACAAAAAGAGACGUUAUUCGAUUACUUGACCGCAUGUGAUCGAUUAAUACAAACAUCGAUUCAACUGCAUAAGAAAUAUGGCACAUUGAUAUUUAAAGCCAAAUAUGUUGCUUUAAACUUAUUAGGCUUCACAAUCGGUGGAGCUAUAGCCGGGUUCACUAUUGGCUUAGUUUUCCCGUUUCCGCGGCCAAUUGAAAUUGGUGCCGGCGCUGUGGUAGGUGGAUUGAUCGGCUUAGGCUGUGUUGCCUGUGAAGUUAUUGUCAACUGGAAAGAUCAUAGGAAAAAGAUCGAAGCAAUACAAGAAAACUUGAAAGAAACACAACGUGCAUUGCAACUUGUCUUACAAGAAAUGCAAUCAAGGGAUGAAAAAUUAGGCACGGCGAAAGAUGAAAGGCGGAACCAAUCUGAGAACAACUCAUUCCAAGAUAUCCAUGAUUUAGAGCAGUAUGUGUUGAGAACGCUCGAUGGAUUCAUUGUGCUACAAGGCGCUUUAUCAAAAGUAAAUACCGAUAUGUAA